UACAAUGUACUUUCACAAGGCUGAAGGGCAACUAACUAAUUGGCCAGGGGAGGAAAGACGAUAGUGUGUUCAGAAAAUAGAGUGAUAUUGAGCAACCUGGUGGCACUCUGGAGCUCAAAUUAGAUUUAUUUUUGGUAUAAAAUAGUUUUGGGAAUUGGAACAUAUUUUUAAGAGCACAUACCGAGAGGAAAAUUAUUAUAGAAAAUUUAUAGUAUCCUAAACUUGACAUUUUAUUUUUCUAUUUAAAGAGACCAACGAACUUUGUUAUUUUAUUAUUAGAAAGUCAACUGGAUUUGAGGCUAAUGAUUUUAGAAGUCCAAGUGGAAUAUAAAUAGUUGCUGGAAAAAACACAGACAACUUCACGGCAGAAUGAAGUUCCUCUUGUUGCUUUCACUUAUUGGGUUCUGUUGGGCUCAGUAUGACCCACAUACCAAGUAUGGACGGACAUCUAUUGUCCAUCUGUUUGAGUGGCGCUGGGUAGAUAUUGCACUUGAAUGUGAACGAUACCUAGCUCCCAAAGGAUUUGGAGGGGUUCAGAUUUCUCCACCCAAUGAAAAUCUUAUUGUUACUAAUCCUUACAGACCUUGGUGGGAAAGAUAUCAACCAAUUAGCUACAAGAUAUGUACAAGGUCUGGCAAUGAAGAUGAAUUCAGAGACAUGGUGACUAGAUGUAACAAUGUUGGUGUCCAUAUUUAUGUAGAUGCUGUAAUAAAUCAUAUGUGUGGAAAUGGUGUAGGUGCAGGAACAAGCAGUACUUGUGGAAGUUACUUCAACACAGGAAGUAGAGAUUUUCCAUCAGUCCCUUACUCUGCUUGGGAUUUUAAUGAUGGCAAAUGUAGAACAGGAAGUGGAGACAUUGAGAACUAUAACGAUGCUGCUCAGGUCAGAGAUUGUCGACUAGUUGGUCUUCUUGAUCUUGCACUGGAGAAAGAUUAUGUGCGUUCCACAGUUGCUGCUUAUAUGAACCAUCUCAUUGAUAUUGGUGUAGCAGGGUUCAGAAUUGAUGCUUCUAAACACAUGUGGCCUGGAGACAUGAAGGCAGUUUUAGAUAAACUGCGUAAUCUGAAUACAAAAUGGUUCCCAGCUGGAAGCAGACCUUUUAUUUUCCAGGAGGUAAUUGAUCUUGGUGGAGAGCCGAUAACAAGCAGUGAGUACUUUGGAAAUGGUCGUGUGACAGAAUUCAAGUAUGGUGCUAAAUUAGGCACAGUUCUGCGCAAAUGGAAUGGAGAGAAGAUGUGUUAUCUAAGGAACUGGGGAGAAGGCUGGGGUUUCAUGCCUUCUGACAGAGCACUUGUCUUCGUGGAUAACCAUGACAAUCAGCGAGGACAUGGUGCUGGAGGAGCAUCAAUUCUUACAUUCUGGGACUCUAGACUGUACAAAAUGGGAGUUGGGUUCAUGCUCGCCCAUCCUUAUGGAUUUACACGAGUAAUGUCAAGCUUUCGUUGGCCUAGAUACUUUGAAAAUGGAAAGGAUAUCAAUGAUUGGAUUGGACCACCAAAUGAUAAUGGAGUAACUAAAGCUGUUACUAUUAAUCCAGAUACUACUUGUGGCAAUGAUUGGGUCUGUGAACACAGAUGGCGUCAAAUUAGGAACAUGGUUAUGUUCCGUAAUGUAGUCGACGGUCAACCUUUUACAAACUGGUGGGAUAAUGGUAGCAACCAAGUAGCUUUUGGAAGAGGAAACAAAGGAUUCAUUGUCUUUAAUAAUGAUGACUGGCCUCUAUCUACAACUUUACAAACUGGCCUUCCUGCUGGCACAUAUUGUGAUGUUAUUUCUGGAGAUAAAAUUGAUAAUGAUUGCACAGGAACUAAAAUCUAUGUUUCUGGUGAUGGUAAUGCUCACUUUUCUAUUAGUAACUCUGCUGAAGAUCCCUUUAUUGCAAUUCAUGCUGAAUCAAAAUUGUAAAAUUUGAAUUAAAUACAUAUACUUGAAGCAACAA